AUUUUCUUCACCAUUUUAUGCUGCUUUCCUCAGGUUUAUCAAGGGCGCACACUUGAUGGAUGUAUUGUGGCCAUAAAAGUUCAACGACCAAACUUGCUACAUUCAGUUGCUAGAGAUAUCUAUAUUCUUCGUGUUGGGGGUACAUGGUGCGUGGGGAUCAUCGAAGGACAUAAGGGUAGGCAAAGGACAUGGGUGCACAUGACCAAAGGUUGGUGACUGCAAGCUGUGAGCGAUCAACAAGUCAGUAGAGCUUAAUUUUUUGAAGAAAGUAGCGAAAAGAAAGAAUGAUCUUUACCUUUAUGCUGACGAGCUUGGCAAAGGAUUAUUUGGUGAGCUGGAUUACAGAAUAGAAUCUGCAAAUGCCUCCGAGUUCUUGGUAGCUAAGAAGCUCACUUCCAGUAUUCUUUUAUGUUGGUUCCAAAAGUGCUUAGAAAUUUGACGAGGAAAAGAGUUUUGACAAUGGAGUGGAUGGUAGGUGAAAGUCCCAACAGCCUACUCGUACGGUCUGGUGCAUCCAGUGAAGCGGUGGAUGAAUUCACAGAGGUUCAACAACUGGAGGCAAAAAGAUGUCUACUUGAUUUGGUUAGUAAAGGAGUGGAAGCAACAUUAGUGCAGCUACUUGAGACAGGCUUAUUGCAUGCUGAUCCGCAUCCUGGGAACUUGCGCUAUACACCUGAAGGAUGCAUUGGAUUUUUGGAUUUUGGUCUUCUUUGCCGGAUGAAACAAGAACACCAAAUUGCUAUGCUUGCAUCCAUUAUCCAUAUCGCAUAUGGAGAUUGGGGAGCUCUUGUUUGUGAUUUGGCCUCGAUGGAUGUUGUAAGGCCAGGAACUAAUCUCCGUCGUGUGACAGCGGAUUUGGUUGAGGCCUUAGGUGAGGUCGACUACAGAGAAGGAAUCCCUGACAUCAAAUUCAGUUUGGUUCUUGGCAAAAUUUGGUCUAUAGCACUUAAGUAUCACUUCCGUAUGCCACCGUAUUAUACUCUUGUAUUGCGCUCACUGGCUUCAUUGGAGGGAUUGGCAGUAGCGGCUGACAAUAACUUCAAAACUUUCCAUGCUGCAUACCCUUAUGUUGUCAAAAAACUUCUUUACGACAAUUCAGCCUCUACAAGAAGAAUCUUAUAUUCGGUCAUCUUCAACGGGAAAAGGGAACUCCAAUGGAAGAAUAUCUUAUUAUUUCUGAAAGUAGGAUCCCUUCGAGGAGGACCAAUGGGGAUUAGCAUGAGCGCAAGUAAUGAGCCCGCAAGUCAAACAAGUGAGCAUGAUGUUUCCGAGCUAUUGAACAUAAUCUUAAGGCUUCUACCAUCAAAGGAUGGUGCUGUCCUAAGAAGAUUGGUGGUGACAGCGGACCCAGUUUCCCUCUGUAGUGCUAUGAUUUCAAAAGAAGCCAUCUUAUUCCGUCAACACAUCAGCAAUGUUCUUGCUGAUGUAAUUUACGCUUGGAUGAGCAAAACCAUCAUGAGGGAUAACAAACCCUGGAGCCCCUACAAGGCUCAGACCAUUGAACUGGAAGAACAAACCAAAACUACUACCCUUUCUCAGCUUUAUACUAUAAUGAGAGACCGCAGGGUCAAAGUCAUAUUUUACAGGAUGGUAAGGGAAGUAAGAAGACAUCCUGUGUUGCUGCUCAGAUCAUGCUGGAGCUGUUUCACCAUCGCUGUGAUGGCUUUGCUGAUUUCAGUGCCUCGCUUUAUUGCGCACUGCACUGAAUCAUUCUUCAACUCUCUUGCUUUUGUGCCUCGCCGAAUUGCAGUCGGCUUGCAGCAAACCUUCUAGACUUGCUUUUCGGUAAACUUUGGGACUCUGUGUAUUUAUGUAUAGAUGUAAGUGUGAUUUAUGUUGAGGAUAUUGAUUUUGUCAAGGUUUUUAUUUUUUGAACUUAUGUGAUGUAAUGCGCAUCCUUAUACAUCUAUCUUUUUUGCACAA